CACGAAUCACACCCUCUCCCCUUCCCACGUGAGCGCUUACGACUUCCGACAACCUUUAAGCGAGCCUUGUGCAGCUUCCUGGCAAGGCUAUUAUCUCGGUUCCCUACUUGUGGUUAUGUCCGUCCUCGCAGCCCUACGCGUAGACACCGUGAUAGUGUGAAGGUUGGAAAAAAGUGGGAAGACCCGGAAGAGACGGCAGGCAAGGAUGAUAACAUGAACGACGCGAGGCACAUAGGAUUGCUCCAAGGGCCGCGAGAUUAAGUAGGUAGGUACUCGUUUCUUAACGUACAAGGUCCGCCCGUUUCCUUCUCCCCAGCUUCGCUCUCUCCAACGCAGGCUCCUCGUCACCCAACAUGGCUUCGUCAACCCAAUACCUCAAGCUCGGGACGGCAUGCCUGGCGCUCAACGCCGCGGUCGUGGGGGCCUCAUCGCCGCGCUUCCUCGCCCCUGAGCAAGACAUUGUGCUCUGGCCCGGCCAAAACUCCAAGAGCCCCCUGACGUGGCUGGGUGCCAACAGCCCGUGGUUCUCAGGUCCCAAUGUCCACGGCAUAUCCACCGAUGUGCCCGACAACUGUUACGUCGACCAGGCCGCCUAUGUGUCCCGGCAUGGAUCGAGAUAUCCGGACUCAGGCGCCUACAACGAGUGGAAGGAAAUGGAAUCACGGUUUUCGGUCUACAACUACACGGCCCAAGGGGCGCUGUCUUUCCUGCCCAAGUGGAGGACCGUCUUGACAAACCCGGCGGUUCAGAUUGCGCAGCAGUCUCCAACCGGAUACAAAGAGGCCAUGGACAUGGGGUACCAACUGCGGACGAGAUACCCUCAGCUGUACAGUGAGGGAGAAGAACUCUUUGUCUGGGCCAACAACUACACUCGCGUGCUGCAGACGGCCAGCAACUUCCUGCACGGGUUUCUGGGUCCGAACGCCACCGUUCUGGGCAGGCUGGUCUCGGUCACGUCCAAGGGCUUAGCCUCGGCAAUCGGAGACUCCCUGGCACCGUCAGACAUGUGUCCCAACUUCAAGGAUGCCAGCGGCGGGACUAACAAGUCGACAUGGGACGCCAUCUGGCAGCCCCAGGUCCAGAAGCGGCUGCAGGCUCUCAUUCAGGGGAACCUCACUCUUACCCUCAGCGACGUCAACCUGAUGCCGUACCUCUGCGGCUUCGAGAGCCAGAUCACAGGCCGGCUGUCACCCUUCUGCGACGUCUUCACCGACGAGGAGCUCAAGAUGUACGAGUACUCCAACGACCUGCGCUACUACUACGGCAUUGGACCCGGGACGGACCUGCCGCGGAAGAUGAUGACGCCGUUCCUGAACGCUUUGGUUGGUCUACUCCAGCAAGGCCCUGGGACUAAAGGGGUCGGGGCGGAUGGUUCCACCUCCUUUGCGCUCCCGAAAUUGUUGAUGGCAUUCCUCAACGACGGACAACUCACCGAGCUGGUGACCGCAAGCGGCGUGUUUGACGCCCAGCAACCCCUAUCCCCGACCGAAAUGGACGACGACCGGCUCUGGCAUGGUUCGCGCUUUGUCACGAUGCGCGGCACCAUUGCCUUUGAGCGACUCAACUGCUUGGUUCCGACCAACACGACGGGACCCGGGUCAAACGCGACGACAACCUCUUCCGUCCCAACCUCCACUUCCACUCGCCGUCCUUGCCGUCCACGGCCAACCUCUGUGGCAGCAAGGAGUUAUGGAGGCAUGAAGAACGAGACCUUUGUGCGCAUCAGACUGAACGAUCAGGUCUAUCCAGUUCCUAGCUGCCGCAGUGGCCCUGGCUCGUCCUGCCCCCUGGAGAGCUACGCCAAGUAUAUCCAGGACAAGUACGCGUCCGAGGGCAAUUGGGUGCAGAACUGCAAUGUGACUGAGGCGGGAGCGCCGACUACGGUCAAGGGGGCCACUUUUUUUACCGAUCUGGCACAACCGCAUCUGCGGGUUAUCCCUCCUUACUGACCUAGACAGCCGGAGUAGCUUGAGGAUAUAUAUGGUUUGAACUUCAGGUUGUACAUGUGUUGAGACUUCUGUAGAUAUCUUUACUACCUACCUACCUACCUAUUCAUGGUGAACGCACUUAUAAUACUAGUAAUAGGAACAUGACUUACCUACCUUGUAAGGUAGGUAGGCACCUAUUUACAUUUAUAUACCUCCCUGUAGUCGAUGCAUAAGGUACCUCUACCCUAUAUACGAUAAGGUAGGUGUACCUUACCUAGGUAAUGUAUGUCGGAUGUCUGGUGCUGGCACGUCUUCGAUAAGAUCCAUGGGGGUGGAGAAGGAUGGGAAUGUGGGAACAUCUGGCGGCCUCU